AUGUUACGACUUCUCCAACCAUCCCGGCGGCAGUGGCUUAGGUCUUUUGACUCCCGCACCAUCCCCCGCCAUCUCGGCCAAAUCUCGUUCAGCCGGUCUAGCGGCCCCGGCGGUCAGAACGUCAACAAAGUCAAUUCUAAAGCAACCCUGAAGCUGCCCCUGGACGCAUUGCUCCCUCUGGUGCCAUUGGUGCUGCACGCUCCUUUACGUGCCUCGCGCUAUGCCGUCGGCAAGUCCCAGGGCCAGGGCCAGGCUCUGCUGAUCCAGUCCGACGAAUCCCGGAAACAAGCUAGCAACGUGGAUUCGUGCUUUGACAAGCUCCACCAACUCCUCCGAUCUACGGCCGAGGAGGUCAUUCCGGGUGAGACUUCGCCGGAGCAGCAGAAACGGGUGCGCGAUCUGCAGCGCGCUCAGAACGAGGCUCGACUAAAGGGGAAGAAGCUUCAGAGCAAGAAGAAGAGUGAUCGGCGGUCAAGCAGGUCCGAUUAUGAUUGA